UCUUUUUCGUUUAGGGAAAAUCCAGAAAGAACCUUUGAGUUGGUAUUGAAAGUCAGAUGUCAUGCCACUGAAAACGAAGGAAGUCCUACAGAGUGUGCCAAAGUUCUGUUUCCCCUUUGACGUUGAAAGAGUGUCUCAAAAUCAAGUUGGACAGCACUUUGCCUUCGUACUCACAGACAUUGAAAGCAAACAGAGGUUUGGGUUCUGCAGACUCACAUCGGGAGGCAAAAUCUGCUUGUGCAUCCUUAGUUACCUGCCAUGGUUUGAGGUAUAUUACAAGCUUCUGAAUACGCUAGCAGAUUACUUGACUAAGGAACUGGAAAACGAUUUGAAUGUAACUCUCCAAACACUCUACAACCACCCAGUACCAAAGGCCAACACUCCCGUCAAUUUGAGUGUGAACCAAGAGAUAUUUAUUGCCAGUGAACAAGUUUUGAAAGAUCAGCCCUUCCUAGCAUCGCACUCCUGCUUCAUCGCCCCGGAUGUGUCCGGACUCCCAACGAUACCAGAGAGUAGAAACCUUACAGAAUAUUUUGUGGCCGUGGACGUGAACAAUAUGCUGCAUCUGUACGCCAGCAUGCUGCACGAGAGACGCAUCAUCAUCACCUCCAGCAAAUUAAGUACCCUGACCGCCUGCGUGCACGGCUCGGUGGCCCUGCUGUACCCCAUGUUCUGGCAGCACAUCUACAUCCCCGUGCUCCCGCCGCACCUGCUGGACUACUGCUGUGCCCCAAUGCCAUAUGUGAUUGGAAUCCACUCCAGCCUGACAGAGAGAGUGAAAAAUAAAUCCUUGGAGGAUGUGGUUAUGUUAAAUGUUGACACAAACGCUUUAGAAUCACCAUUUAAUGACUUGAACAACCUGCCGAGUGACGUGGUCUCGGCCCUGAAAAAUAAGCUGAAGAAGCAGUCUACCGCUACGGGGGACGGAGUGGCCAGGGCCUUUGUCAGGGCGCAGGCUGCUCUGUUUGGCUCCUACAGAGAUGCACUAAGAUACAAACCCGGCGAGCCCAUCACCUUCUGUGAGGAGAGUUUUGUAAAGCAUCGCUCAAGUCUGAUGAAGCAGUUCUUGGAAACGGCAGUUAACCUCCAACUUUUCAAGCAGUUCAUCGAUGGCCGACUGGCAAAGCUGAACGCAGGAAGGGGCUUCUCCGAUGUCUUCGAAGAAGAGAUCACUUCCGGCGGCUUUUCUGGAGGGAACCCGAGGUCAUAUCAACAGUGGGUGCACACAGUCAAGAAAGGAGGCGCACUGUUCAACUCCGCAGUCACCAAAGCAACUCCCGCAGUACGAACAGCGUAUAAGUUCGCGAAAAGUCACGCGAAGCAGGGAAUCCGGGAGGUGAAGAGCAAGCUAAAGCAUAAGGAAAAUGAGGACGAUUAUGGGCCCUAUGCUAGUUCUGUCCAGUAUACACCUGUCUACACCUUACACAGCGAGAAGGGAGGGAGCGUGGAGAAGCGUAAGCUCACCCAGGCACGCUCGAGGAGGCCCCUGAAGAGCCCGGAGGGCGCUCUGUGUGACCACGAGGACGAUGACAUGGAGAGAGCGAGCAAGUUAUCAUCUGAAGAUGGCGAAGAAGCUUCUGCUUAUUUCUACGAAAGUGACGAUUCUGCCGAAACGCGAGGGAAGGCGCCUUACUCGGGCGAAAUGGACUUACUGGGAGAGAUUCUCGAUACGCUGAGCACACACAGCUCCGAUCAAGGGAAGCUGGCAGCGGCUAAGAGCUUGGACUUCUUCAGGUCGAUGGAUGAUAUCGAUUACAAACCCACGAAUAAAUCCAACACCCCCAGCGAGAGCAACCUGGCCGUGCUGUGCGGGGGUUCCGGGGACCAGGGGGAGUGGCACGCCGGGCAAGACGACAGCGCCCUCCACGGCCGCCACCUCCCUCCGUCCCCCAGGAAGCGCGUGUCCGCCGGCGGCCUGACGGACUCUCUGUUCAUCCUGAAAGAGGAGGGCGGUGGCAAAGCCCUCGGCGUCGAUGACCCGAGCGGGGCCCCGGCCGUGCGACAGCCAGCGUCCCCUUCGGGAUCGAGCGUCCAGCUCGCCUCGGCCGAAAUGUCCCAAAGUCGAAGAGGAAACACGGAAGCGAACGAAACACUAAGCCAGGUCUCAGAGGAUCCACCGACCCCCGGCCUCGGGCGACACCCGUCGACUUCCGUGCCUUGGGAGAAAGACGGAAAGGAAGCCGAGGACACUCCUAGGGGUGUCGCACUGCUCCCCGAAGUCGGGUCAUUCUGUCACGUGACAUCCGCCCUCGAGCAAGACUUAAACAUUUCAGAAGAGAACCCGAGUGGAAACCAGGCUUAAACCAGCCACGCAGACUCAGUGUCCCGCAUCCGAGCUCCCGGAGGGACAUGUUAAGAUUCCUAGUGAUCGAGCCAGUAGAUCAGUAUGUGUGGGGAUGACAACUCUCGCUACUGUCUGAAAAAAUCACUUUUCCUCUGGAACGUUACUCGCUCACUCGCGGGUGUAGAUCAUCCUCUGGUUUUUAAGUGUGAAGGUGACUCUACUGUGCUCAGUCAGGUACCGGUUUGUAUAUAUAGGUGGAAAGUACAGGUCGAACGUGAUUUCCCAGUAUUUGGUGCUUCAUGCCAUUCCUUUUAUUUAAACUAAGUCUGCAUUUACAACCCUCGCUACGGUAGCUGCUCUACCAGUCCGGUUGAACGCGAACCGAUCCAGAUGUCAGAACUUCUCAGAGCCCCCCUCAAACUGCUGACACCGUUACCCCACUAACUGCCUUAACCUUACGCCUGUACUCAGCCUACUUAAAUAAUUUAUGGAAUUACUUGUAAAUUCUGAACGAUACGUUAUAAGUGUUCUACAGAGCAAUUAUGCCUUUUUCUAUUCAUUGACUAUUAGACAAAGUUCUUUAUUUUUUAUUUUUUUUUUUCAGUUAAAAAAGCUUUUCCUGUGGAUACCGCGCCACGUUUUUCAAAAAGUAUCAAGGUCCACAUUUAUCUUUCACGCGGUGAGAUACACGAAGUGCUGAAUGACAAUGUGAAAUGAAUGACCACUGUUUACAGACGAGACACUUUAACCAUUUUCACAGCCUGGGCCUCCUAGGCUCUGCCCCCAGAGAGCCACAUGCCGCAUAAACUGUCCCGAUAGAAACAAUGUCCCAGUCUUUUUUUUUUUUUCCUUAACUAAUACUUGUCUAAAUGCUUAACUAAUACUUAGCUAAAUCAUUUCAAAUCUCCUUUUUUGAAAUAAUCGACUGUGUCCUGGAGAAGUCUGGGGUUUGCAGGGGAACCCCGAAGGAAGUGCCGAGUCCCACCGCCCCGCCCCGCCCCCCGUGUCCCUCCCUGCCCGUGUCUCCCCGUCACCAAGACCUCACGCCGUCAACGGCCCGGCACUGAGAGUCCACGCGUAAUUCAGGUCUCCUCUGUGUCACUGCUCCAAGGUCGCCGCGUGCCAUUCGGCCGUCGCGUCUCUUGGCUGUGACGGUCGCUCACAUUUGCCUUGCUUUCGAUGACCUUGGCAGUUUGGGGGAGCACUGGUCAGAUAUCGGGUGGGACGCCCCCCUGUCGGGGUUCGUCGGGUUUCCUGAUCAUGGUCCCACUGGGGCGAGGGGUUUGGGGGAGGGGGUUACUGACGUAGAGUGCCAUUGUCCUUGCGGCAUACCAUCGACGAGACCUGUGUGGCGCUGGCCUCGGCCACCUCGCUGAGGUCCUGUUUGCCCGGUCCCUGCCCCUCCAGGUCCUGGCAGGGGGUCCCUGUGCACGGCCCACACCCAAGGGCCAGAGGCUCCUGUGUCCUCCCCUGCGGGCUCGAUUGGCAGGUGUAAUCAGAAAAAAAUAAACCCAGAGAUGUCCUGCUUAAUUAAUCUGUAUUCUCUAUACCCCCUAGUUAUGCUUAAUUCUUUAAAAUUGUCAUUUUAAGGAAAGUAAGAACCCCAUCAGGACUGUACUUGAAAAUCUUUGCUGAAAGAAUUUAAUUUUCAGUUUAAAAAAAAAAAAAAAAUCCCGAAGUGGGUUUGCUAAAAACUUUGCUUAAAAAUAUUUAUUCAGGUCAGUCUUUAAAUAACUUAAAGAAAAUGACCAAACCUUUUUCUUUUUUAAACUACAUUCCAAAAUCUAAUUGGAUGUGUUUUAUUUGCAGUAAUUAUUCAUUCAUGUCUGUGAAAGAACACGAACUUUGUUUCCUUCGUAAGGAUGGACUCUGUAUGUAUCAAGGAAAAAAAGUGUUUAAUUCUUAUUUUUUAAACUCAAAAGUAAGACUCUCGUCUACUUUUGUUUUUACACACUCAUUAUAAAAUUCCAUGUUGCUUUAUUGAAAUAUGUAGCUCCUGAAGUCCCCGUAUCAGAAGAGCUGUUUUAAAUGAGAAGGGGAAGAUGUCACGCAGGUGCUUAAUCUGCUCGGCACACGUUCCUCAAUGAUUUUUUGAAAGCAUGUCAAGGAGCCUCCUAACAUGAAUAUUGCAAGGAGAUAUUUUUUCCCUUCAGAAUCCAUAGUCUGAAGAAUAAGAUAAGCGUGAGUGUAGCUUAGGCCAAAUCUGGAUUUCAGCCCAUUUUUGCUUAAUAAACAUCAUGGCCUUAGAAAUGUACAUUGUUUCCCACCCCUCAGUCACCUCACAAAUGUUUGACCAUAACCCUGUGUUGUUUUGAGGACAUUCAGCUACUCGCAAGUAUUUUAAACUGGACCCGUGCCUUAUUUAACAUACAAAAUCAGCCGUUAUAUUCCACACGAGAAACAAAAGCAAGAACAAAAACUCUGCAUAUUAUUCUUGGAAAGAAAUCCCCAAAAAACUAGUCGUAAGUGUUAGUAUUUCAAACCAUUAAAAUUUCGAGCGUUCAGAGUCAGGUCUUAAACGAGACUGCGUGGGAUUCUGGUGGCUCUAGGGAGAAUGAAGUGAAAUUAAGGUGAGUUCCAGAAUAAACAAAGUGUUAUCUUA